UCGUGUUUGAGGUCUUUGAGGUCUUUGUGGCGCGUUGAGGUGUAUUUGCUUUAACUUAUAGAAGAGCAUAAAACGUUGAAGAGGUUAAAGACGUGUGGGAGACUAUAUGUGAAGUGACGACUGGAAAUAAGUGGCACAGUCUACACUAUACACUUGUAGGAUUUAUCGUCACACAAAAAUGACCACCUUGCCUGACCACAUUCCACCUGAGGAUAUUUUAAAUAUUCUUGUUGCUAGUGAUGUUCAUUUGGGAUAUGCUGAGAAGGAUGCGUGCAGAGGAGAAGACACAUACAAAACGUUUGAAGAGGUUCUCCGCAUUGCACAGGAGAGGAAUGUGGAUUUGAUAUUACUUGGUGGGGAUUUGUUUCAUGACAGCAAACCAACACAACAGUGCAUCCAUCGUUGCAUAUCUCUGAUUCGUAAAUACUGCAUGGGUGACAGGCCAGUGGCCAUUCAGUUCCUGAGUGAUCAAGAAAAGAAUUUCAAACACUGCAGUCAUCCAUUUGUCAAUUAUGAGGACCCAAAUUUGAAUAUUUCUAUUCCUGUCUUCUCGAUACAUGGCAAUCAUGAUGAUCCAGUUGGUCCUGGAAGUGUCAGUUCUCUGGAUCUACUUAGUGCUUCAGGGAUGGUCAACUAUUUUGGCAAAUGGACAGAUCUGACGCGAGUUGAGAUCUCUCCACUGCUCAUGCAAAAGGGCGUCACACGCCUUGCACUGUAUGGACUCAGCCACUUGAAGGAUGAGCGACUUGCCAGGUUGUUUGGGGAUCACCGUGUGACAGUGCUUCGGCCACGGGAAAACCAGGAAGAAUGGUGCAGUGUCUUUGUAUUGCACCAGAAUCGAGUAGACCGUGGACCCAAAAGCUACAUUGCAGAAGAGAUGUUGCCUGCUUUUUUGGAUCUUGUGAUUUGGGGUCACGAGCAUGAAUGCAAAAUCACUCCUGAUUGGAACGAUCAGUAUAAGUUUUAUGUGUAUCAACCAGGCAGCACUGUUGCCACAUCACUGUGUGAUGGAGAGGCUGCUGACAAACAUGUGGCCAUCCUGAGCAUAUACAAGAGACACUUCAGGAUCACCCCUGUUCGGUUGAAAACUGUUCGCCCAUUUGUGUUGGACACUAUUGUGUUGGCAGACUGUAGAAUAGACUUUUCUACGGAGAAACCAUCAGACGAGGUUCAGAAGUAUGUCACUGAGCAUAUAGAAACCUUGAUUGACCGUGCAACUUAUAUCUCAGGUGAUGAGUCGCAGAUGGUUUUGCCGCUAAUUCGUCUCCGAGUCCAGUAUUCUGAAGAGAAGCAUUUGUUUAAUGCAGUCCGCUUUGGCCUGCAUUAUACUGGAAGGGUUGCCAACCCAUCUGACAUGGUGGUCUUUCAUAAGCUGCGAAGUGUGAAGGAGAAGACAGAAAACAGAUUCGACAAGGACGCUCUGGAGAACCUUGUUAAUGUGGAUGGACAGCUAGGAUUGACAGGGAGCAAAGUGCAGGCAGUCGUGGAGCGCUACUUUGCAGAGGUCACCCCUGACAAACACCUCAAGAUCCUGUCUGUUAAAGGGCUGGCGGAGGCAGCAUCUAGAUUUGUCGACAAGGACGACAAAGAUGCAAUAUUUUGUUUAGUCGACCACCAGAUAAAGAAAACAGUGGACCGCCUGCUGUCAAUGAACGUGACAGAAGAGGAUAUCGAUGAUGCCAUUGAAAACUUUCGGCAGGAACGGCUCCUAAAGGCUGAAGAAGAAGCCAAAGACGCACGAGCCAUUCUGGAUCAUCCUUCUCGACAGACCUUCGGGAAAAAGACACAACCAAAGAGCAGUUUCAUCGAUUCUGACUCAGAUAGUGAUGUUGUGAUGGAUCAAGGCCACACUGUUGCCAGUGCCAGCCACAGUGAAAGAGGUAGGGGACGAGGAACAGCAGUCAGAUCUCGCAGAGGCAGGGGAUCUCGGGCCAGAGGCACCACAUCCUCUCGGGGACGGGACCAAGGUGAGGCUGUGGUCCAGACCAGCAUCAGGGAUGCAUUCAGCCAAAGGCAGGAUAGACGUUCCUCUCAUGCAACUUCCUCUGGGAACAGAUCGGUGAUUUUUGUUGAUGAUUCUGAUGACUAAGGUGUGUUGUCACCUUCACGCCCUGGCUGCUUCAACCCCAGGGAAAGAGGCCAUGAUACCCAACAUCAGUCCGGAUAACAUGGAAAAGAAAAUAAUCUUGUCCCUAUAGGGACCAUCCAGCCAGUUGCUAUACCAACUGUGCUUACAGAUUAUGAAAAGCAAAGGCCCUGCAGUGACCCUAAAGGAACUCCACAAUGAUGAAAUAAAAGUACAAAAUAGACAAACACAUCCCAAGAACAAAAUACAAUAUAAUGGACUUGUUUACACAUUAUUUAUUAAAUUAGCACUGGAAGAAUUUGCUUACAGACACAUCACUCAAUGAUACACACUUCACAGCUUCCUAGUUACGGCAGGCCAACAGCGGGACUGUGAACUAAGAGAGCUUGUCCACAUGCAAAGAUUGGAUAUAUAGUGACACAAAUUGUCAUGUAUGUAUGUUGUUAUCAUAAAGAAAGUUAACCCUUCAGUGUCAUGCCAUUUGAAUCCCUAAUUACUGCUGUGCUGUGGGAGGAUUUAUAUUUCUGCUUUAUAAGCUAAAUUUGUUUCAGAAGGACAUUACUUCCCCAAUAAUUAGAUGAUUUUAACGAAACUUUCAGAGAGUUUAUAAAUGAAAGAAAUUUGACCUUGAUAGUUGAGCUUGUAUGGCGAGUCGUGAAGCAGCCCUCAACACAAAGACACUGUCUCCUCCUUCCUGAUGUUCUCAUGACACGCAACACACCUCUCUGUUGACCUUGUUGGAGGAAUGCUCUCUGGGAAAUUUCUUUCAAGUCCACUUCGAUACCACACAAGUAGAGCCUGAAUCAUGUCAAUUUUGAAUUUCAAGAGACCAAUUCAUUUCCCUUGUGAAUUUGCUCUGCAGAUAACCAUGGAGUUCAGAAUUGUGGCACUGAGUAAUCUUCUGCACAUUUUGAUGUACCAGUUCUUCGUCUUUUCUCUUUCUAGAAAGUAAGCAUGAAGAAGCUGAUCUUUCAGAUCAGUUCUUAUCAUGUUUAAGUUGCAGUCCAGAAUUUAAAUAGCAUUUCCUCUUUCUCCCUCCUGUUUUAUUUUCACCUUUCUCAUUCUGUCACCAUUUCAGCACAGACAGUGGGGCCAGAAUGCAGAGUUCCAACACAAUCAGUUACCAUAAAUUUUGGUUUUAUAGCCAGUGCUGGUGCACUGUAGAAGUUGACCAUCCAUGAUGUGUGCCCUUUGCCAAGCAACGGUUCCAUAAGAGACAACACAACAGCUGGUUUUUACUUUUCUUCUCUGAUGUUGGUGUUAACCGAAAUCUGUCGUCUUCCAGUAUAAAUAACGAAGGCCUACAGAUUGUGUGAGCUGGAUUCACAAAGCUCUUAAGAUUCCAUUCUGAUGACUUCAAUGGAAUGUACUGUUUAAAUGAAAGCCUCCCUUUCCAUACUGUCAAAGACUUGUCUAUGGCAAUAUUCUGGUCUAGUAUUCACAAAUUUUGAAAAUUUCUGUUCAGAUAGGACAUCACGACAUAUUUUGGGAAGUUCUGGAAGGACCAGAAAUAUAAAUUCGCUAUUUCAAUUACGCUAUCCCGGUAAUGAUAAUAAACAUUAAAUGAUUAGAAAUAUGUGGAAACUGCCCAUAUUCAAGCAAGUGUGACAACGCAAGCUUCAUUGCUUAGCAAUUCAACUUUUCAUUACUUAUGUAUAUAAUCCCAAUGAAAUCAAUUAUCAAUCUUUUUAACCCUGUAAUAAAAAAAUUCAUCAAUACCAUAAAAUGAAUGUAAAUGGAGAAAUUGUAAUAGUGCUUUCUUGAAUCGAUUUUUGUUUCUGGAUAACUGUUUUAUUUUGCUUGGAAGACUAUUAUAAAUUUUGAUUCCAAAAUACUGUGGACCUUUCUGAAAUGCUGUUAGAUUUGACAGAUUUGUUAGAUGUCCGACUCUAGGUUACAUAAGAAGAUACAGUUACAGUUCUACAAUUCUGGUUCAGUGU